UUUUGAGAUGCAACGGACUUAUAUGGGCAGGAAUAGAGAUCUACAAGUGUACAGCCGAAUGUUCUGAUAUCCAGGUGUGAGCUGUUCGACAACGGAGGCAUUCACGUCGGGAAGCCUGCCCCCAGGAUUAGAAAUCCUCACUGUCGUUCUUCCGUCUUUGCGCGUGUAUACGAGUACGCCAGAACCAGAACCAGGUAGUAUUCUACAAAGGGCGCGCCCCACCUCUCGGGCAGAGAUACAAAAACCGUACGAGGUACUCUAAGAGCUCCACUACUAUUGCUUUCUUUCUCAAAAACCGCGAAUACUUGUAGCUGGUCCGAAAUUUGUUCUUUGCUUUGCCUCCACUCCGGGGUGUCGCUUUGCAGAACGUCAAGACCGACCUUUGUCCACGCGAAAUCCUAUCAUGUCGGUGACAGCGUCGGCCUCGAAGACACUGUACACCACAGGCAAUCCGUACGAAAAACAAAUCGGCUAUCACCGGGCGGUCAAACGCGGACCCUUCAUUUUUGUGUCCGGGACUACCGCUAUUCACCCUGAAACGCAGCAGCUCCAACAUCCAGGGAACGCGUACUUGCAGGCUAAGACUGCUAUGAUGGAAUGCGUCAGGGCGGUGGAGAGCUUGGGUGGAAAACUAGAAGAUGUGUGUCGAGUGCGGAUGUUCGUGGCCAGGCAGGAGGACUGCAGCAUGGUCGGCACGGCGUAUAGAGAGGUUUUUGGAUCAGGAGUACGCGAAGAGGGCAUGGGUAGUGCGGCGACCAUGGUGGUGCUUGGAAGGGGUGGGUUCAUCGACGGCGACAUGCUGGUCGAGGUCGAGGUAGACGCCGUCGUUGUAUGAAAUCGAACGGCGAUUUCGAGGUUUGGUGCUUCCAUGCCAGCAUCCCGAAUCCUCGAGAUCAUCUCUGCAGCAGACAAAGCACCAAGUAGCGCCCAUCAGACAUACAACCCAAGGGGAGAGCGGCCACCAACCCUUUCGCUUCUGCGGUACAACGCGCC